GAUGCUUUGGGGAUGUUACAAAAAAGGCCAGAAUAAGUGGAGCUUGCCAUCUGAGUGAGAGCCUCCAUCCAAUCCUCCUCGCUCUCGCUCUCCUUCGGCUCUCCCUCACUCACCCUUUUCUGCAUUUCCAUUCUCCAAACAAUCAUCCGUCACCCCCACCCCAACCCGUUUACAACCUCAUAAAGAAACUUUUCAAACAUUUGGAGUUAGAUUCAGUCUGCUUGGAAUUGCUCUCUGUGGUGAUCCCAGGCGUGUGGCAGGAGCCUCUCUCCACAACUUCCCUCUUUAAAAGCGGGCCACGGUUACCUGUGUUUGUCUCCCGAGACCUGCCUAACUCUUUCUGAGACCUCUACCGUUUUAAACCUAGCCCAACUCAAACCAAAACGGUUUGGGGUUGGAGGGAGGGGUUGAGGGGGAGAGUGGGGGAGAAACCCACAGGAAUGGAGGUAGCCACGGACCAGCCACGCUGGAUGGCGCAUCACGCCGUACUGAACGGGCAGCACCCGGAGACUCAUCACCCGGGACUGGCUCAUAACUAUAUGGAACCGGCGCAGCUCCUACCUCCGGACGAAGUGGAUGUCUUCUUCAAUCAUCUGGACUCCCAAGGCAACCCGUACUAUGCCAACUCGGCCCAUGCCAGAGCCAGAGUUUCCUACAGCCAGGCGCACGCCCGCCUGACCGGGAGCCAAAUGUGCCGGCCCCACUUGCUCCACAGCCCCGGCCUGCCCUGGCUGGACAGCAGCAAAGCGGCGCUCUCGGCGGCCCACCAUCAUAACCCGUGGACGGUGAACCCUUUCACCAAGGGGCCCUUGCACCCUUCCGCGGCCGGCGCGCCGCCCGGCGCCAUCUCGGUGUAUCCUGGCGGCGGCAGCUCGGCGCCCAGCGCGGCCUCGGCCUCGUCGCUCACGCCGGGCUCGCACUCGGGCUCGCACCUCUUCGGCUUCCCGCCCACGCCGCCCAAGGAAGUCUCGCCGGACCCCAACGCCAGCAGCAGCGCCGCCUCGCCCGCCUCGGCUUCGGCCGGCGGCAGCAGGCAGGACGACAAGGAGCCCCUCAAGUACCAGGUGGCCCUGGCCGACAGCAUGAAGAUGGAGAGCGCCAGCCCGCUGCGCAGCAGCCUCGCCGCCUCCAUGGGCGCGCAGCCCUCCACGCACCACCCCAUCCCCACCUACCCUUCCUACGUGCCCGCUGCCCACGACUACGGCGGCAGCCUCUUCCACCCGGGGAGUUUCCUCGGAGGGCCCGCCUCCAGCUUCACGCCCAAGCAGAGGAGCAAAGCCAGGUCUUGCUCAGAAAGAAAUCCGGUUUCUUCGUGUUUCCAUUUAGAAGGCAGAGAGUGUGUCAACUGUGGAGCCACUGCCACCCCUCUCUGGAGAAGAGACGGUACUGGGCAUUACCUGUGUAACGCCUGCGGGCUCUACCACAAAAUGAACGGUCAAAAUCGACCUCUCAUUAAACCCAAACGGAGACUGUCAGCAGCUAGGAGAGCAGGAACUUGUUGUGCCAACUGCCAGACCACCACCACCACCUUAUGGCGACGUAAUGCAAAUGGGGACCCAGUGUGUAAUGCCUGUGGACUGUACUAUAAAUUGCACAAUGUGAACAGGCCUUUGACCAUGAAGAAGGAAGGAAUACAGACCAGAAAUAGGAAAAUGUCCAACAAGUCCAAGAAGAGCAAGAAAGGCUCUGAAUGUUUUGAGGAACUUUCGAAAUGCAUGCAAGAGAAAUCUUCUCCUUUCAGUGCUGCAGCCCUUGCAAGUCACAUGACACCAAUGGGGCACUUGCCGCCUUUCAGCCACUCUGGACACAUUCUGCCAACACCUACCCCCAUUCACCCAUCUUCCAGCAUCUCAUUUGGACAUCCACAUCCAUCCAGCAUGGUCACAGCCAUGGGAUAAAAUCUGAAGAUCCUAACAAAGAACUUCAAGACACUGGGCUUUGCCUAUACGAUGACAGCAAGGAAAGAUUCUGCCCAGAAGAGAGAAUGUAGGGAAGGAAGGAAGAAAGGGAUCUCAUUCCAGUGUGGUUCGACUUGCAGUGAUGGGUCUUCUGCAGAAAUGCUUAAUGGUGCCUGUUAUGCACUUUGCCCCUCAGGUAAAUGGAGAAAGAGGAACUCACCUGUUUGAUAUGAUACCUGCUGGUCGCAGCAGAAAGUAAAGGUGGCUGAAGCAGUCGAAGAAGCUGGAGCCAGCUUUCCUUUCUCUUUGUUAAUUACUGUGAAUAUUGUAAAGAGAUUAGCAACCUCCCGAGGCAGAGGAAGCUCAGUGGUAGCUGACCGUGCUGGAUUUCUAUCACUGACUUUGUUUCCGGGGAAGGAAAAAUGGACAACUUUAUAAAAAUCUACUUUUUAAGAAAAGAAAUCAGAUACAGAAAAAAAUCAUUAUUUAUUUUGCUCUUGUGUUCCAAAAAGAGCUUCAAAACUCUUGCAUGUACUUGUGGAUCUUUAUUUUAUUUUUUAUUUUGUUUAAAGAAACAUCCACCCUAGUAGAAAAGGUUUUUUAAUUAUUCUUAUUGCUUAAUGGCCACUCUUGAUUCUCUCAUUGCUGUUAGAUUUUUAAAAAUCUACUAGGAAGGGGCUGUGUGUGUGAGGGAGAGAAACAUUUGGCGCUAACAUAGGUUCCAAUAGCCUCAAGGUGUGGAUUAUUUUGACAUAAUUUCUGUAUUCAUUUCUUCCAUGUGAAGGAAUUUUUGCUUAAAAGCAUGGCAUCUUACAAGAAGACAAGAUACACUGGACAAAUGGCUAAAAAGUUUUUCAUAGGGAACAAUCCGGCUUUGGCUGGAUAAUAAAAUACAGGAAAUUGAUAUGUCUUUCUUCCCUGUCAUCCUUAUCUAGGCAUGUAGGUGGCUGUAGAAAGUUAUAACAGGUACUCACACCCCAGGCUGGCCUGCUUCCCCCUCCUCAGCUCUUCCCCCUGGCUCUUUCCCAGCAGGUUCUGCACUGACUCCCCAUGCAGCCUCCCAUAACGGAUUGCAUUGUUUUAGAUAGCCCCCUCCCCCAGAGCCUCCCAUCCACCAGGUUUCAUGAAACUCUGUUUAGUCCAUCCAUGUGGCUCUGGGGCUGUCAACCUUUUUCGGGCCCACAUUUGCAACCCAGAAAAACUGUUGUGGGUACCCCCCCCCCAACCUAGCAUACGCUGCAGCCUAUUCUACUGGCUAAAUUAGAAUGCUUCUUUUAAGUCUUAAUUUGAGUGGUAGGAGGGGACCCUGUGCCAAGGAAGCAUCUAUGGGUACACAGAGGCUUGUGGGCACCAUGUUUGGCAACUUGUGACCUAACUCCACAACCUCUGUUUGUUUAACCUGUGUCCUGUUCUUCCACCCUACCUCUAGUCAGUGCAGGGCUGCCUUUCUGCUUCUGUCACUACUCCCUUCUGUGCCUUCUUUCUCCCCUCCCUGCACAAAGAUGAGCCCUUCUGCAGCUCCGGCUUCUGUGCUGAAAAACUCCACUAGCACCCUGCUCUAGGACCUCCAGGACCAAAAAACCACUCCCGUCAAGGCACAGUCCCUAAGCAUUGCUGCUGUUCCCUCUCCAGUCAUUCUGAUGGUCCUUGCGCAGAGUGUGUCUUUCAUAAAACCACAGGAAGCUGCCUUAUACCAAGUCAGGCCAUAGGUCCAUCUAGUUCAGUAUUACCUACAGUGACUAGCAGUGGCUCUCUAGGGUUCCAGAUAGGAAUCUUUCCUAGCCCUACCUGAAGAUGCUGGGGAUUGAACCGUAGGACCUUUUGUGCUCUUAGCAACGGCAGUUUGAUACAGUGAGCUGUCUUAACAUGGAUUCAGACCAUUGGUGUAUCCUGCCCGCUACCAUCUGUUCUGAUUGUUGAUGUUAUCAAGUGGCCUCCCAGGUCUCAGGCAAGAUUUUUUAUUUUCUGCGAUCAUUUAACAGAAGAUGCCAAGUAUUGAACCUUUCAGAGUUUUAACACACAGCUCCUGUAUCCUGCCAUGGAGCUGUAGCCCUUUGUUUAAUGGACUGUGGCCCUGCAUCUAACUAACAACUCUUGAUUCAGGGCAAGAGAAAGAAAACCCAGUUAAGCUGAACAGCACCAAAAGGAUCCAUCAUUAUGUUUUUGUUUUGUUCUGUCUGUUUCAUUAGCAGAUCUUGCCCAAGACACCCAGAAAUGUUAUGUAGUUACUGUCCUACUAGAUUUCUUAAAUAAUGUGUCCAAGCAGAGCUGGAGCUUGCCAUCUGCAGGCAUGCAUGUCACAGCAUACUGCCUACCUGGGAGAGGGUGAAGAGCAGAAAGUAUGUGAAGAUGUACAACACAGAGGGGAAAGAGAGAGAGUGCCAUUUUCAGAUUCUUCCUGUAGUUCAGAUAUAGCAACAGCUACUGAACCAAGGGAAGGUGAUCUGCUUCUGGGGAGCACGGGGAGGGGUAUACAGGCUGUUUCCUGUAGCAUAUAUAUAUAUAUAUAUUAUUUGUAAGGAAAAUCACAAGUGUUGAGAAAAAAAACAAAAGUUAUCUCCCAUUCUGAAACCAUAUUGUAUGUAAACAACUGAAAAAUAAAGCUCUUGCCAGUGUGAAGUGUAUUCUCUUGAUUGUUAUGAUCUGAUGACUUUCAUGAUCACAAGGUCCAGUAUAACAUAUGAUGUACAUAUUUAGCUAUAUUUCUGAUGGAAAAAAAUGCCCCUGUGAGCAAAGGGGUUUGAUAAUGUAAACCGCAUAAGCUUAACUCUGUGACGAGCUUUUUCUUGUUUUUUUUACGGUUUUUUUUUAAUCAAGCCAAUUAUAUCUUAACUGCAAAAGUCUGCUUAAAACAAAAACAAAGGUGUAUGUUAGUUUUGGGCUUUCUCUCCCCGCCCCAGAACAAAUAUGUAAGGACCAAGCACCCAAAGCGAAAGUUGCUUUCCUCUCUUUUCUGGUCAGUGUGGGCAUAUAUAGCUGCACUUUGUGAAGAAGUAUAAAUAAUCAAACAAAAGAGGAAUUCUGCCUGAGAGUAAUCAUUUUUUUCCAGUUGAGCAUGUUGGAAGUUAACCCCCUUUUCCUUUAGUUUUAGGGCAGGGGAUGAUUGAAAAAAAAAAGAUAGUUUAUACCUAAUUUGUAAACAAUUCAAAUUAUUUAGGGGUGGGAGUGGCUGGGUGAGAGAAUGAAGGAGUUCAUGAUAUUGGGGAACGAUAGUCACCUGGCGCUGCCACUGCUGCACAGUCUUUAUUUGCCUCAGUGGGGUGAGCCCUGCACAUGCCCCACUUGGAUGAAUGGAGGUUGUCCAGCAGAAGCUGCUUGCUGGGCAGGGUCCACAGCCGACAAAGUGCAAUAUAUUGUCAGUCACUGCAGCGUAGAAGAACCGCAGUCAGGAUUUAAAUUAUUUUGUACUUGUAUCAGCAUAAAGAUUUGGCAGUAUUUUCUGUUUUUUAAUUUUUUUUUUGCUUUUUUGGGUUUAGUGAACUAAGUUAUUGUUAAUUAUGUACAACAUGUUUAUAUAUUGUCUGUAAAAAAAAGUGUAUGCUUCCCUCAUAUUCCUUCAAGGUGAAUACUGCUAA